AUGAGCUUCCACCUUACCGCUGAGGAAAUUGUCAUUGAAGACAACCACAUCCUCAAAGCCCAGCUCCGGAACGAAGACGGUGAUCUUGUCGAAGCGACUCUCGACCUGAAUGAACACCUUGGGAACAAUGACGGCGCUUUCGAGUGGGACGGCGAGAACUUCAGCGAGAGUGCUCAGAACGUCGAGUUUUCCAUCGAGGGCGAUGGUGAGGUCCCUGUUCUUCGGGCGUCGCUGCAUAGGGUAGAAGAAGAUGAAUGGGUUGAUGCUGAUAUCAACCUCUCUGAGCGUGUUGUGAAUGACAAUGGUCAAUUCGUGUACCAGUAG